AUGGGAGAUGGGACUGAGGUUGUGGUUAGGUCACAUGGGCAAGAGAAGAAGAAGCUUGCAGAUGAUAGAAUCAGCGAUGAGCAAGUAGAGAAAAACGAGUUUGUGGGAUCUGAUGAAGCCAAGGAUAACGAAGAGGUCUUCGAGGAAGCGAUUGGUUCAGAGAAUGAUGAGGAGGAGGGUAACAAAUCCGAUGGGUUGCAAGAGGAUUCAGUUGUAGAUGCAGCUCCAGAAAGUUCCAUCGAGGAGCAUGAUGAAGUUGAGGAUUUUGAAGAGGCAGUGGGUGAUCUGGAUGAAACAAGUAGCACUGAAGGGGUAAUACAAGAUUCGAGGUUCGAUGAUCUGCCGAAGAUUCAUGUCAAAACUGAGCCUGAUUUUCUGGGCCUCAAGAUGAAUGGUGAUAAGGGUGAAGCAGGUGCAGAACAUUCUUAUGGUCAAAUUGAAUCAAGCUUGGAUCUUGUUGACAACACUACUGAGAAGGCUAAUUCCAACGGUUCAAAUUCAGCGGCUGAUGAUGUGAGUUUGGAAAACGGAAAAGCACAUUCUUCGUUGGAAGAUGGAACCGUCUAUCCCGAGAAUGAUGAACUGGUGGCUGAUGUUAUCUCGAAAAGUGUUGAGCCCGAGGAACCGUGGAAUGAUGACAUUGAAGUCGAAGAUUGGGAGGAAAGAGCUGAUGCGUCACCCGGCAUACGAACAGAACCAAAGGUUGAGGAAAGUGGAGUAACAAAUGAGAAUGAGUCUGAGGCAAAUGAGAGUGAGUCUGAGGCAAAUGAGAAUGAAUCUGAGGCAAAUGAGAAUGGGUCUGCGGCAAAUGAGAAUGGGUCUGAGGCAAACAGAAAUGGUGAUACUUGUGCAGACUACACAAGUAAUGUUGUUAAAAAUGCUUCAGGUGAAAAAUCCUUGAAUGAUAGUGUUGAAGUACCAAGUGCUGGGGCCUCAUCUCCAUCUGAGAAAUCUAGUUCUGAUGAAAAGGGAGAGACUGAAAGAGACAGUAAUUCUUUGAAACCAGAGCAUCACGUGGAAUCUUCACUGAACUCAAAUUUGGAGUCUGCUGAAGUUCGCAGCAAUAGUGGCUUCUCGGGAGUAACUAGUAGAGAACAGGAGACAGUUCGAAGUGCUAAUGGAGGACAUGAUGUUCCACAGAGUCCUCAACCUAACAAGGAACUUGAAAAUCAGCAAAGCAGCAGAGAAAAUAAAGAUCCAGAGAUUAUGGAAACGUCACAUGUGGAAAGAGAAUCUGAGGUGGUAAAUUCUACUUCACCAACAGAGACUAGAAGAAAUGCUGCAGCAAUACCACCUGUUCGUCCAGCAGGUCUUGGUCGUGCUGCUCCUCUUUUGCCACCUGCACCACGUGCUCCUCAACAGUCUCGAGUCAAUGGAAAUGUGUCUCAAAAUCAGCCUCAGCAAGCUGAGGACUCUACCACUGCAGAGACCGAUGAGCACGACGAGACCCGUGAGCAGCUUCAGUUGAUCAGGGUAAAAUUUUUGAGGCUUGCGCAUAGGCUAGGGCAAACUCCACAUAAUGUUGUAGUUGCUCAGGUUUUGUAUAGGCUUGGAUUGGCUGAACAGUUGAGAGGCAGAAAUGGAAGCCGUGUUGGUGCCUUUAGUUUUGAUCGUGCUAGCGCCAUGGCAGAACAGCUUGAGGCAUCUGGACAGGAUCCACUUGAUUUUUCUUGUACGAUUAUGGUGCUCGGUAAAAGUGGGGUUGGUAAAAGCGCAACGAUCAAUUCUAUAUUCGAUGAAGUGAAAUUUUGUACUGAUGCAUUCCAAAUGGGGACAAAGAGGGUUCAAGAUGUUGAGGGUUUUGUUCAGGGAAUUAAGGUACGGGUGAUUGACACUCCCGGUCUCUUACCGUCCUGGUCUGAUCAAGCCAAGAAUGAGAAGAUCCUGAAUUCUGUCAAGGCUUUCAUCAAGAAAAGCCCACCUGACAUCGUUCUAUAUCUUGAUAGGUUGGAUAUGCAGAGCAGAGAUUCUGGUGACAUGCCUCUCCUGCGCACCAUCAGUGAUGUCUUUGGACCAUCGAUAUGGUUUAAUGCCAUUGUGGGUUUGACUCAUGCUGCUUCUGUUCCACCAGACGGCCCAAACGGCACUGCUUCUAGCUAUGAUAUGUUUGUAACACAACGUUCUCAUGUCAUCCAACAGGCCAUUCGCCAAGCAGCUGGAGAUAUGAGGCUCAUGAACCCUAUUUCGUUAGUUGAGAAUCACUCUGCUUGCAGGACUAAUCGGGCAGGCCAGAGAGUAUUACCGAAUGGCCAAGUGUGGAAGCCUCAUUUGCUGCUACUCUCAUUUGCAUCUAAGAUUCUAGCAGAAGCAAAUGCUCUUCUGAAAUUACAGGAUAACAUUCCAGGGAGACCAUUUGUAGCCCGGUCUAAGGCUCCGCCAUUACCGUUUCUCCUUUCGUCGCUUCUGCAAUCAAGACCACAGCCUAAGCUUCCUGAGCAGCAGUAUGACGAUGAAGAGGACGAAGAUGAUUUGGAUGAAUCAUCAGAUUCUGACGAAGAAUCAGAGUAUGAUCAGCUUCCACCCUUCAAGCGGUUGACUAAAGAUCAAAUGGCUAAGCUCAGCAAACCUCAGAAGAAGCAAUAUCUCGACGAGAUGGAUUACCGUGAGAAGCUAUUUAUGAAGAAGCAGAUGAAACAAGAGAGAAAGAGACGAAAGAUGUUUAAGAAGUUUGCUGCCGAGAUCAAAGAUUUGCCGAAGGAGCAUAGCGAGAAUGUUGAAGAGGAGAGUGGUGGACCUUCAUCAGUUCCAGUUCCCAUGCCGGAUCUAUCUCUACCUGCGUCUUUCGACUCCGACAACCCAACUCACCGUUACCGCUACCUUGAUUCCUCCAGUCAAUGGCUUGUGAGGCCGGUCUUGGAAACUCAUGGGUGGGAUCAUGAUAUUGGUUAUGAAGGUGUUAACGCGGAACGGCUCUUUGUUGUUAACGACAAGAUACCAGUAUCUUUCUCAGGCCAAGUUACAAAAGACAAGAAAGAUGCAAACGUGCAGCUGGAAAUGGCCAGCUCGGUUAAACACGGAGAGAGUAAAUCAACUUCCCUAGGUCUCGACAUGCAGACCGUUGGAAAAGAGCUGGCUUACACUCUUCGAAGCGAGACGAGAUUCAACAAUUUCAGGAGGAACAAAGCCGCAGCGGGUCUCUCUCUAACGCUCUUGGGCGAUUCGGUCUCUGCGGGACUAAAGGUCGAAGAUAAGCUGAUUGCUAGUAAAUGGUUCAGAGUGGUUAUGUCUGGUGGAGCAAUGACUUCUCGUGGAGAUGUUGCUUACGGAGGUACCUUAGAAGCUCAGCUUAGAGAUAAAGACUAUCCACUUGGCCGGUUUUUGACUACUCUUGGACUCUCCGUGAUGGAUUGGCACGGUGAUCUUGCUAUCGGAGGAAACAUACAGUCUCAGGUUCCCAUUGGACGUUCCUCUAACUUAAUCGCUCGUGCGAAUCUGAACAAUAGAGGCGCAGGGCAAGUAAGUGUUCGUGUAAACAGCUCAGAGCAGCUCCAGCUUGCUAUGGUUGCGAUUGUUCCUCUCUUCAAGAAGAUACUUAGUUAUUAUUCUCAGCAAACGCAAUAUGGGCAAUGA